AUGGCAUCAGCAAAGCUCGGAUCUGCCGCCAAUGCAGAUAUCCUUAUGCACAAGAUAGGAUCCCUCAGCGGCUCCGAAAUCGCCACUGUCCUGGUCUUCCUUCUUGUAGCAGCACUCUGGUAUCUUCAGGACUUUGCGAGCAAGAAGUCAUCCGCAAAAUCCUCCGGCUUCAAGAAACUGCCAACCAACAAUGGCAGCCGAAACAUUAUUGAGCAAUUGAAAGCCUCGGACAAGAACUGCGUCAUCUUCUUCGGCUCGCAGACAGGCUUUGCUGAGGACAUUGCUGCGCGACUCGCAAAGGAGGGUCACUCUCGCUUUGGACUGAGGACCAUGUUGGCUAACCUGGAAGACUACGAUUGCACCAACCUGAACGAGUUCCCCAGCACGGCUGUCGCCAUGUUCAUCAUGGCCACUUUCGGAGAAGGAGAGCCGACGGACAAUGCGCAAGACUUCUAUAACUUUAUCACGGCUGACGAUGUCACCUUUGACAAUGGAGGCUCUUCGCUUUCCAACAUGAAGUACUUAUCCUUUGGCCUGGGCAAUUCGACGUACGAGCACUUUAAUGCUGUCUCGAAGAAGAUUGACGCCACUCUCGAAAGCCUUGGUGCUCAUCGAAUCGCACCGGCCGGUCGUGGUGACGACGGAGAGAAGACAACAGAGGAAGACUUUAUGGCCUGGAAAGAACCCAUGUGGAAAGCCUUGGCCCAAGAGAUGAACCUAACCGAGCGUACAGCGGUGUACGAGCCUAUCUUCGAUGUCUCUGAGCUCGCCGGCCUCUCCAAAUCAAGCCCGGAGGUCUAUCUCAGCGAGCCCAACAAACUGCAGCUGCAGGGUGUCCUCAGAGGCCCUUUCGACUCUCAUAACCCCUUCCCUGCUCCUCUGGCUGUCGCUCGUCAGAUAUUUAAAGCCAAAGACAGAAACUGCCUGCACAUGGAGUUCGACCUGAUGGGCUCGGACCUGAGAUACCAGACGGGCGACCAUGUCUCUAUCAUGCCUAUGAACUCGGGUGUCGAAGUAGAUCGAUUCCUUCGGAUUUUCGGAUUGGAGUCGAAACGUGACACUGUCGUUGAUGUGAAGGCCAUCGAGCGGACUGCCAAAGUGGCAUUUCCUGUUCCCACCACCUAUGACACGAUUGUGCGAUACAGGCUGGAGAUCGGGGCAUCGGUCUCACGACAAUUCAUUCAGCAGCUCUCCAAUUACGCGCCUACCGCGGACGCCAGAGCAGAAAUGGAAAAGCUGGGAAACGACAAAGACUACUUCCACAGCCAGAUCACUGAGCGAGAGCUGAACAUCUCCCAGACGCUCGAGCUCGUGGCCCAAGGCGCGACAUGGGAGAAUGUGCCUUUCAGCAUGCUGCUGGAAAGCCUUGUAGCCUUACAACCACGCAUCUACUCUAUAUCAUCCUCAUCACUGGCAUUGAAAGACCGGCUGAGUAUCACGACCAAGGUGGAAACUCAUCCUAUCGCAUCCACCGAUCUUUUCUUCAAGGGCGUGGCAACCAACUAUCUACUUGCCCUUGAACAGAAACACAACAAUGCCUCUUCACGGGACCCCUACGCCGCCAGCUAUACCGUUGAUCCACCCCGCAAGCACUACGACGGCGUUCGUGUUGCUAUGUAUAUCCGACCAUCCACAUUCCGCCUACCGGCCAGCACCACCACGCCGAUUGUCAUGGUCGGUCCUGGCACGGGUGUUGCGCCGUUCAGAGCAUUUGUGCAGGAGCGGGCAGAGCAAAGGAAGGCAGGGCUUGAUGUGGGACUGACCAUGCUGUUCUUCGGUUGUCGCAAGCAAAAAGAAGACUUCGUCUACGAGGAGGAAUGGGCGGAAUAUGGACGAAUCCUCGGAUCGAACUUCAGAAUGGUCACAGCAUUCUCGCGCCAGACUCCUAGCAAGAAGGUAUAUGUCCAAGACAAAAUACAUCAGUAUGGCGCAGAGAUCAGUUCCCUCCUCAGUAAAGAUGCUCACUUUUAUGUCUGUGGCGACGCGGCAAUGGCAAAGGACGUGAGUAGCCUGCUAGAACAAAUCAUUUCCGAGCAGAGGGCCGUGCCACCCGCCGAGGCGGCUGCUGUUGUCAAGCAGAUGAGAGCUGCGAAUCAGUACCAAGAGGACGCAUGGUCCUGA